CUUCGUCGAGACAUCAACUGUUCGCAUUAUCCUGAAACAAGUUCCCUGGGAAAGGCCAUACAACUGAAAGCCAGAACACGAACUGAAUUACUGUGCCAGUGCCAAAAAGUGAACUAAAAUAUAUCUGAUAAAUUAAGAGAAAAUACAAACUCACGCCAUGGAUACUCUGUCACCCAACAAUGGCUCCAAGUCGAGCUCCAGCGGCAGCUCGGCGGCCAGUUCCUCCAUGGAUCUCGGCAAGCAGCAGCAGAAGGAGAAGCUGCAUCGUCACCCAAGGAAUGGGCCCAAGAAACUAUCCCGUUCCAGGAGUUUGCUGCAGUUGCUCAGCCGGCACCUGGGCAGGCACUUUCACCACCAGAACCAGCAGAACGAGACGGUCUACAGCAGCCAGGACGAUAUCAGGAGCAGCUCCACGGAUUCCUUCAGCUUGAGCUACGAGCGUGGCAGCCACGAGUGUCCUAUCAAUGGUUCCUCCCUGGAUCUGGAACACACAUCCCGGACUUCGAGCGGAUCGGCCUGCUCCCGAUACUCGCCUGGCCUGGAUUACUACGAUCAGCAGGGACACAUCUAUGUGGAGGCUGUCUACAGACCCGGUAGUGCCAUGGAGCAACUGCAUCCGCAGCUCCACUUCGAGGAGGACACCAGCGAGGAGGGCAGCAGCAACGAGGCGGAGGAUGAGGUGGAGCUGCGCCACGACGAGAACGAGAACAGCAAGCCCCGAUCCGCAUCCGCCGCGUCCGCCAAGUCACCGGGACUGCACCUCAGCCGGAUUUCCAUCUCGUCCUCGGUGAGCCGCAUACUGCAUCACUUCUCCAGUCCAACGGGAAAUGCAUCGAUGCGCUCGUUGUCCUGCAGCAGCACUCCACUGCGUCAGCCCAAGAAAUCGCUGUCGCCGAACAACUCAAACAACAGCAGCAGCAGCAGCUCCAGCUCCAAAUCCUCCCGUGCUCCUGCCUCUAAGAAGGAGGACAAGAAGCAGCAGAGCAUCCUGCGGCCGCCAGUCCAGUACGUCUACAUGAAGGGCAUGUCGGGACUGUAUUCCCGAGUGCCCAGCUAUGCGGUCUGCUAUCCGUACACCCUGCAGCACAUGUACUAAAACACCUGGGACAGCAAAAAAUGGAUGGAAAGCUGCAAGCUGGUUGGGGGUCUUGAACAAUAUACUUAGGAAUUUUCUAGUGAUGUACGAGUAGUGCCUGAAAUCCAGAGAUUUGAGUAGGGGGAGAGUAGAGGGAAGAUAGGGGCUCACGACAACAAGCAGCAUAUUUUAUAAAUGUGUCCAAGCUGAGUUCGCAAACCCAAUAAGUGUACCUAAAACCAAGCCCAG